AACCCGGCCAUGGCGUCGUAUCUCUGCUCUCUCAGUAACAGAAAGUGGCCGCCUCUCUGCUGCUGCUGCCGACUCAAAGCUCACAGACUCGCUCGGUGCCUCGAACCGCCAUUUUGGAGUCCCAGAACAGAGAAUCGGCAGCAGCGGCGAGAGGGACCGGCGGGGGGACACGGGGCUGAGGCUCUUUCACCUUUUGUGAGGUCAUUCAUCUUGGAACGCAAGAGGAAUGCAAUUUCUUACCUAAAAGUAAAAGGUUCUGCCCUGUCAGGCGGAGGAGUCGGUGCCGCAUGGCGUCAGGGCAAGGCGGCCACCAGGAGGGUGGGCCGCCAGGGGUCUCCGGCCUGGCCAAACCGCUCUACCUGCAGCGCCUGGAAAGAUCCCUGAAGUUGGACAGCUUUCUGCGGCAAACUGCUGCCAUCUUUAACAGAGACAUAAGUGAUGACAGCGAUGGCAGUGACGGUGCAUUGGGGACAGGACUUUCCCUGGAUGCCUCCAACCAACACGUAGCGUUGUCAGUGAAGAGCGAACAAUGUGAGGAAGAAGAUGGGCUGUCAGACAGCAAACCCCUGAACGGAGUACUGCAAGGGAAAGACCAAAAGGCAGAUAAAACGAACCUCUACAAUUUUUCGAAGCUGAAGAAGAACAGGAAAUGGCUCAAGAACAUCCUUCUGAGUGAUGACACCACAGACUCAGACGCGGAGUCUGACGACGGCAGCUUCAGUUUGUCUCGGGAGGAGCUCCACGACAUGCUUAGGUUACAUUGUUACAACAGGCAGCACCAGAGCAAGUUCUACUCCGACCGAGAGCUCUAUCAGUAUCAGUACUACAGCACGGGACUCCUAUCCAGUCAUGAUCCUUUCUAUGAGCAGCAGCGCCACCUGCUGGGCCCAAAGAAAAAGAAAAUUAAAGAUGAAAAGAAAUUUAAAGCAAAAUUAAAGAAAGUGAAGAAGAAAAAGAAGAGAGGAGAAGGAGACUUUCUUGAUGAGGAGCGUCCUUAUAUCACCAAGGUGUUUGCUAAGUUUUCCCAUGAUGCCCCGCUGCCCGUGGUGAAGAAAAAGCAUCUGACCGUCGAGCAGCUGAAUGCACGGCGGCGUAAAGUGUGGCUCACCAUUGCUAAAAAGGAGAUUCCCAAGUCUUUCAAGCAGAAGACGUCUGCUAAAAACGUAGUUCUCACCAAUGCUAAGAAGCUGGCCCACCAGUGCAUGCGAGAGGUCCGCCGUGCAGCCAUUCAGGCUCAGAAGAACUGCAAAGAGACGCUGCCCCGCGCUCGGCGCCUCACCAAGGAGAUGAUGCUAUAUUGGAAGAAAUACGACAAAGUGGAAAAGGAGCACAGGAAGAGAGCUGAGAAGGAAGCUCUGGAGCAGCGGAAACUCGACGAAGAGAUGAGAGAGGCUAAGCGUCAGCAACGUAAGCUGAACUUUCUCAUCACGCAGACGGAGCUGUAUGCUCAUUUCAUGAGUGGCAAAGCCAGCAUGGGGGCGCCGGGAGGGGACAUGAUGCAGGAGGACAUCCUGCGAAAGCUCGAAGACAACGCGGCCCAGAGACAAAUAGAUGUCGGUGGGGGAAUAAUGGUCAAUGUGGGACAGGACGACUACGACAGCGACUACUACAAAUCCCAAGCCUUGAGCAAUGCCAGAGAAGCUUAUCAAAUUCAUCAAGAGAGAACAAGGAUGUUUGACGAAGAGGCCAAAGACAGCCGCAGUGCCUCUCUGCAUGUUGCGGGCAGCUUGUCCUCAGGGCUCGCCUCUGGGUUCGGAGAAAGCUAUAGUCUCUCCAACCCCUCGAUCCAAGCAGGAGAGGACAUUCCUCAGCCCACCAUCUUCAACGGAAAGCUCAAGGGUUACCAACUUAAAGGCAUGAAUUGGUUGGCCAACCUCUAUGAGCAGGGAAUAAAUGGAAUCUUGGCAGAUGAAAUGGGACUUGGGAAGACGGUGCAGAGUAUCGCCCUGCUGGCCCACCUAGCGGAGCGAGACAACAUCUGGGGUCCUUUCCUGAUCAUCUCUCCUGCGUCCACGCUCAACAACUGGCACCAGGAGUUCAGCCGCUUUGUGCCCAAAUUCAAGGUGCUGCCAUACUGGGGGAACCCCCACGAUCGCAAAGUUAUUCGGAAAUUUUGGAGCCAGAAAACGCUUUAUACACAAAACGCACCUUUCCACGUGGUGAUCACCAGCUACCAGCUGGUGGUCCAAGAUGUCAAGUACUUCCAGAGGGUCAAGUGGCAGUACAUGGUUCUGGAUGAGGCGCAGGCAUUGAAGAGCAGCUCCAGCGUUCGGUGGAAAAUCCUCCUGCAGUUCCAGUGUCGAAACAGACUCCUGCUGACCGGGACGCCCAUCCAGAACACUAUGGCGGAGCUGUGGGCCCUGCUGCACUUCAUCAUGCCCACGCUGUUCGAUUCCCAUGAAGAGUUUAACGAGUGGUUCUCCAAGGACAUCGAGAGCCACGCUGAGAACAAGUCUGCCAUCGACGAGAAUCAGCUUUCCAGAUUGCACAUGAUCCUCAAGCCGUUCAUGCUGCGCAGGAUCAAGAAGGAUGUGGAAAAUGAACUCUCAGACAAGAUUGAGAUCCUGACCUACUGCCAGCUGACGUCCCGUCAGAGGUUGCUCUACCAGGCUCUGAGGAACAAGAUCUCCAUCGAAGACCUUCUGCAGUCCUCCAUGGGCACGGCCCAGCAGGCCAGCAGCACCACAUCGUCGCUCAUGAACCUGGUCAUGCAGUUCAGGAAGGUUUGCAACCACCCUGACCUGUUUGAGCGUCAGGAGACCCGCUCCCCUUUCCACAUGUCCGUCAAGCCAUACGUCAUCUCCAAGUUCCUCUACCGCCACGGCCUCAUCCACGCACGCAGCCAGGCCAGGAACAAAUUGCUACAAGUGCUGUUGUCUCCGUUCUCGCCAAAUCACAUCCAGCAGUCCCUUUUUCAUCGGAAAGGUGGGGAAAAAGGAAGCUGCUUCUCCUUCUUGCGCUUUAUCGACGUGUCACCAGCAGAGAUGUCCAAUAUGAUGCUGCAAGGCACCUUAGUGAGAUGGUUAGGUCUUUUCCUGUCCCUGAAAGCUGCUUACCGGCUCUACUACCAGCGCCUGUUCAACCCCGCCGGGGAGCGCCCGGAGGAGGCUGGAGACGGCGACGCGGCGAGGUCGCAGCCUCUUUCUCGCAAGGACCUGAUCCUGUGGCUGGACAGACCGACCGCCUUCCCCAACACACAAACCAGCCCCGUCCUCCAGGAUUUGGUGUUUACAGCCUCCAGGCCGGGCAUUUUGGCGCACGCAGACGUGAAGAUCCACGGCAGAAACUGUGCCACCUCCACGCUCCGGCCCUGUCAGCCCACGCUGCCACCCAAGUUCCUGCUGGCCGCCACGCCCAAGGUGACGGCAGUUCCCAUGGAGCGGUAUUGUGCCGACCGGAGCGCCGAGUACGAGUGGCGGGUGACGCGCAGCGGAGGGGGAACGGUCUACAGGCAGUGCUUCCUGUACGGCUCCCCCGAACUGGCCUCAGAGUGGCGCGCCAGGUCUACCGCCAUCCACCCACAGAUCCCCGGGGGCGUGAUGGCCCUCCAGCCUCGCCAUGGAUGGUCCUUCAUACGGAUACCCGAUAAAGAAAGCCUCAUCACAGAAAGCGGCAAACUCCACACUUUGGAUAACCUGUUGAACCGACUGAAGACCCAUGGACACAGGGUCCUCAUCUACUCCCAAAUGACCCGCAUGAUAGACCUGCUUGAGGAGUACAUGGUUUAUCGAAAACACACCUACAUUCGCCUUGACGGGUCUUCUAAGAUCUCUGAACGCAGGGACAUGGUGGCCGACUUCCAGAGCCGCACGGAUAUCUUUGUGUUCCUGCUCAGUACAAGAGCCGGAGGACUCGGCAUCAACCUGACUGCUGCUGACACGGUGAUCUUCUACGACAGCGACUGGAACCCCACGGUGGACCAGCAGGCCAUGGACCGGGCUCACAGGCUGGGCCAAACGAAGCAGGUCACAGUGUACCGGCUCAUCUGUCAGGGCACCAUCGAAGAGAGGAUCCUGCAGCGCGCCAAGGAGAAGAGCGAGAUCCAAAGGGUCGUCAUCUCCGGAGGCAACUUCAAGCCCGACACACUCAAGCCUAAAGAGGUGGUCAGUCUGCUGCUAGACGACGACGAGCUGGAGAAGAAACUGCGGCAAAGACAGGAGGAGAAGAGGCAACAGGAGGAGUGCAGCAAGGUGAAGGAGCGGAAGAGGAAGAGGGAGAAGUAUGCUGAGAAGCAGAAGAAGAACGAGGAGUCGGAGCACAAGAAGAAGAAGGAGGUGAACCUGGUCAUCGCCCACGCGCCGUCGGCCGACAACUCCAACCUGUCCGCAGACGGGGACGACUCGUUCAUCAGCAUGGAGAUGGACUCGGCCAUGCCCAGUCCUUUCAGCGAGCCUGUGUGUGUGUCUCUGUGUGCCUCUGUGCGCGGCCAGAUCUCCCUGAGCAGCGAGCUGCAGCCCGGCUCCCUGCCGCCGGACGCCGACGCCGACGAAAGCAGCAGCGACAUGCUGGUCAUCGUGGACGACCCGGUUUCCUCGGCGCCGCAGUCUCGUGCCACCAACUCCCCCGCCUCGGUGACGGGAUCCGUCUCUGACACCAUGAACGGUGUCACAACCUCCGACUCCAUCAGUCCCGGGAGGGGCCGGUCCGGUCGGAGUCGCGGGCGUCCCAAAGGAUCCGGAGGUGGCGGCAAGUCCGGCGGGAAAGGACGCAGCCGCAAGUCGGCAGCCGGGAGCGCGGCAGCCAUGGCGGGGGCGAUGGCCGGAGCCGCAGCUGCCUCGGCCGCAGCGUACGCAGCUUAUGGAUACAGCGUCUCCAAAGCCGGCCUGUCUGCUUCCAGCCCCCUGCAGCCCACCCUGGGGCGCGCUGCCACCGGCCCUGCCUUCAACCCUGCCUUCAACCCUAGCAGAAGCUCCUCCCCCCUCGCCAAAGGAGCCCCCGCCACCCAGUUGGCCCACGGCCACCACCACGGCAGCCACGGCGCGGUCAGGAAGGGCAAGGGCCCCGGUGGUCCCGGGGCUCGGUGACGCGUGCACAGACUGAUUCCCGAGCCGCUGCUCACUGUGAACCCCCACCGACGCUUCAUGCCUAAGCUAAUAAAGAGAGUGCAGUAUUCGUACCCGUUUCCUGGAAGACGGCGUUCUGCCUUUUUUUAGGUUCAGAAACUAAACAUACGCACAGCAGGCCGAUGGUCCGGCUCUGGCAGCCCGCGCUUUUCUGCUGUCUCAGUCUGUCAGGGUCGCUGCCGCAGCAUUUCCAAGUGCUUUUUACUAUUUAUUUAUUGUUUUGGGAGAAGAUCAAUUCACCCCGCCGCAUCCCCCAAGAGACCGACCCAAAGCCGCAAAAAGGCGGGGCUUCUUCAAAUGUUUCCUCUUUGACAAGUUUGUGAUGUGAAACCUCCGUCACUGAGCCACGUCUUCCAUUCGUCGGUGUUAACUCGCCUCACAGAUGUGCACCGGCUUAUUUAAUUGUUCUGUAGAUACGUUUGCUCGGUUGUAUCAGAGUCACACAGAGCCUAAAGUUAACCCCCGCCGCCAUCUUUACCCAACGUUAGAUCUACAGCUUUUCUACUAAAAGCCCUUAUUUUUCUAGCAGAUUUAAGCGGACGACCCAACACGGCCACAGACCACUUUUCAAGUAAAUUUUUUUUUCCACUAUUCCAAUCCACAUGAUAAUGAUAUUUUUUGUCCAAAAGAAAAAUAUUGGUCAAAAUAAAUAAAUGUAUACUUCAAAACGGAAGUGUGCUGGUUGCCUCAGCUCUGCUGCUACAAAACGGAAAAUGACCGAUUCAGAGGAUUUUGUUUGAUUGCUACUAUAAGUUAUGUUUUUUUUUUUUUUGUUGAAUUAAAAAUGCGGAGUUUCUAUUAGUUGUGAUAGAAGUCACAUGUACAGCUGUAAAAUGUGAUUUCCGUCGGCGUCUCUACUUUUCGCGUUUUGUGGAUUUCUCGUCCGUUUUAGAAUGGAAAAAACGAAAAAAAGGGUUCCCGACCUGAGCACUACAUCCGUUCUAGGUUUGUAUUCCUGUUUAUAAUUGUGAUGAAAACUGAAAGCUUCUAUAUUUGAUGUACAUACAGACGGGAGCAGCGCCGGGGCUCUCGUCUCUCGUUCGGCUGUUUUAUUUUUAUACAGAUUUGGGUACAUGUGAAGAAAUGCAUCGGCUGUUUUACUCCGCGGAGGUUGAAGGCCAAAAAUAAAGGUGCUUAAUUUGAACCUC